AUGACAGAAUUGGCGUGUCGAUCUUUUCAGUCUUUUCCCUGCCCAGGGAGCACCCCUCCGCGCGAGGUUCAAGGAUCGACAUUGUAUCCGUACGAAUACCAACUUACCGACCUCUCUUUCUCUAGGUAUUUCCCAUUUCCCUGCUGUCACGCCUCUGUCUGUUAUUUCAACCACACCUUUGGAGUCUCGACAACAGAGGGGGCAGCGAUUCGCUCGGGAGAAGAUGUGCAAGAGUGGUCGGCGACCAUCUUCCACCUCACCUUGCAGCGACUAAUCUCGGAUGGCUUUUCGUCCGAGAACGUGAACAUCAUCUCCAUGCCUGCUCCCCUGUCACCCAUGCCCUUGUCUGUCUUGGACUCCGACUCCGAUUCCGAUCUUUAG